UACGGACCUCCUCCAGGACCACCACCUCCUCAUGGAUAUGGACCACCACCGGGACCUCCUCCUCCAGGCUACUCCGCACCUCCCGGUCCCCCGCCCGUAGACAGAGGAACAUAUCCAGGGCAGCACCAUCAUAACCACCAGCAACACCAGCCCAGUGGUUAUGGGCCACCCAGUGGUCCUCCGCCUAGGCCCCCGAUGCAGCAACAGAACUAUGGGGCGCAGUAUCAAGGUUCCAACUAUCCCGUUCAGCAACCAUACUUCCAGUACUCUCAAUGCACAGGAAAGAAAAAGGCAUUGUGUAUCGGUAUCAACUACAUCGGACAGAACGGAGAACUUCGUGGAUGUAUUAAUGAUGCACAGAAUAUCCAGCGCUUCCUCAUUAGGACCUUUGGGUAUAAGCAAGAGGAUAUCGUUAUGUUAACCGACGAUUCCCGCAACCCUCGUCAAAUCCCUACUAAGGAAAAUAUUCUGCACGCGAUGCAGUGGCUUGUUGCAGGGGCACAGCCUAAUGAUUCUCUUUUCUUUCACUAUUCUGGUCAUGGAGGUCAAACUAAGGACUUGGAUGGCGAUGAAGCCGAUGGUUACGACGAAGGUCAGCAACAUAUAUGUAGUGUUGACCAUCAACGAAAUGGCCACAUUGUUGAUGAUCUGAUGCACCAAAUAAUGGUCAAACCACUACCGGCCGGAUGCCGCCUUACAGCCAUUUUCGAUUCUUGUCAUUCGGGGUCGGCACUUGAUCUUCCUUACAUCUACUCGACUGAAGGUAAAAUCAAGGAGCCCAACAUGGCCGCUGAGGCUGGCCAAGGUCUUCUAUCUGCCGUAGGCUCUUACGCGCGGGGCGACAUGGGAGGCGUCUUCAAAUCCGCCAUGGGCCUUGUCAAGACAGCCUCAGGCGGCGGUCAAAAAGCAGAAAAGUAUGCACGCGCUACCAGAACUAGCCCUGCUGAUGUGAUUUCGUGGAGUGGUUGCAAGGACUCCCAGACUAGUGCAGAUACACAGGAGGCUGGGAAUGCCACCGGUGCCAUGAGCUACGCUUUCAUGAGGACGCUAGGACAAAACCCACAACAAAGCUACCAGCAACUUCUUAAUAAUCUCCGCGAUAUUCUUCGGAGGAAAUACAGCCAAAAGCCUCAGCUGUCGAGCUCCCAUCCCAUGGACACCAAUCUUAUGUUCCUCUGCUAA